AUGGGAGAACCCUUCGCUGAGGGGUCGCAACCUUCAAUUUUUAUCAUUGGAGCCCAAUGCACAGGCAAGACGACUUUGGUGGACGCCAUCUGCACCAAGUUCCGAGCAGAAGACCCCAAUCUUCACUUCACACCCGUCAAAGAGCUUGCGCGGGGAAUUUUGGUAUCAACCAACGUCAACAGAGAUGAUAUUAGAGCCGGGUCAGGAAAGGCGAUGGAAUUCCAAAGGCUGGUGCUAAAGGCGCAACUGGAGGCGGAACUGGAGCUUCGAUCGCACGGGCUCAUCAUUUCCGAUCGCUCUGGUAUCGAUCCUAUCGCUUAUGCGGCAAAAUACGGUCCACCUGAAGUAGUCGAGGGAUUGCUCGGAACUCCUGAAUGGAAAGCGUUGCGGGAGAGAAUGCUUCAAGGCAUUGUUGUUCUCUGUGAACCGGUGCCGGCCUGGCUUUUUGAUGACGGUGUACGCCUGAUGCCGAAUGACAACACAGAAUGGCUCGAGCUGCAUGCAAUUUUCAUCAGCCUGCUGCAACAGUGCGACAUACCUUUCGAGAUUCUGUCGGGAACAACGACAGAUAUUGGGGAGAGAGUUGAGUUUGUGGUUGGAAGAUGGAGGAGAAAGAAUGCUACCAUGUGUACGCUUGUCGAUGGCGCCCGUCUUGGCACGAACGACGGCGACAUCGACCCCCAUACAUGA